UGUGAGCAUUGCAUUCUGAUAGUCCGGCAUCCCCGUUCCUCACAACGUGUAAAGUCUCCCGUCUCUUUGCAUGAUUAAAACGAAAAAAGGAUUCUUCCUGAACAGCUUUUAAAUUGCCAAGACGACGAAAUGUCUGCCAGCCACAAACAGCUUUAUAAAAAUGCCGCCUUGGAUUCCACAGAGAUGCGACGUCGUCGCGAGGAGGUGGGCAUCCAGUUGCGGAAGAACAAACGCGAACAGCAGCUCUUUAAGCGACGCAAUGUGGUUCUUGAGCCAGCUACAUCCUCAACAUCAACCGAAGUGGAGAGCAACACCGAUAACGAACAGCAGGCUGCCGACAUGCACAUGGCUGACAGUAGCACUGGCGGUCAAAACGAGGCAGCUGCUGGAAGUGGGGCACAGCCAUCCGUAAUCAACGAGGAAAUGAUUCAAAUGCUCUUCAGUGGACGUGAAGCCGAACAGCUUGAGGCGACUCAAAAGUUCCGCAAACUGCUGUCCCGCGAUCCCAAUCCUCCCAUUGAGGAAGUCAUCCAAAAGGGGAUAGUGCCACAGUUUGUUACCUUUUUGCGAAAUAGCUCGAAUGCAACGCUGCAGUUCGAGGCCGCCUGGACGCUAACAAACAUCGCAUCGGGCACCUCGCAGCAGACCAAGGUGGUUAUCGAGGCCGGGGCAGUGCCCAUAUUUAUUGAUUUGCUCUCCAGUCCCCACGAUGAUGUCCAGGAACAGGCUGUGUGGGCCCUAGGCAACAUAGCCGGUGACUCACCCAUAUGCCGAGACCAUUUGCUCAGCUACGGCGUUCUUAUGCCUCUCCUGCAUGUAUUGAGCAACUCGGAUCGCAUUACCAUGAUACGGAAUGCGGUGUGGACACUUUCGAACUUGUGCCGCGGCAAAAGCCCUCCCGCAGACUUUGCCAAAAUUGUCCAUGGUCUGCCAAUACUGGCACGGUUGCUGGAGUACACUGAUGCGGAUGUACUAAGCGAUACUUGCUGGGCCAUAGGCUACCUGUCAGAUGGACCCAACGAUAAAAUCCAGGCUGUAAUUGAUUCGGGUGUUUGCCGUCGCCUGGUUGAGCUGCUAUUACAUCCCCAGCAGAACGUGAGCACAGCCGCUCUGAGGGCCGUGGGCAAUAUUGUGACCGGCGACGAUCAGCAGACCCAGGUGAUAUUGGGGUACAACGCUUUGCCCUGCAUUAGCCACCUGCUGCAUUCGACGGCGGAAACAAUCAAGAAGGAGUCGUGCUGGACGAUCUCAAAUAUUGCAGCCGGCAAUCGUGAGCAGAUCCAGGCCCUAAUCAAUGCCAACAUAUUCCCGCAGCUGAUGGUUAUCAUGCAGACGGCUGAAUUUAAGACUCGCAAAGAGGCCGCAUGGGCCAUUACCAACGCAACCAGCAGCGGAACUUACGAACAGAUCCACUACCUGGUGCAGGUUGGCUGUGUGCCGCCCAUGUGCGAUUUUCUCACCGUCGUCGACUCGGACAUCGUCCAGGUGGCGUUAAAUGCACUUGAAAACAUUUUGAAGGCAGGUGAAAAGUUCCAGACGCGACCAAAUCCCUAUGCUAUUACCAUCGAGGAAUGCGGAGGUCUGGACAAGAUAGAGUAUCUGCAGGCGCAUGAAAACCGCGACAUCUACCACAAAUCUUUUUACAUUAUCGAACAGUACUUCGGCAACGAAGAGGAGGAUAGCCGCGUGGCACCCGUGGCGGGCACGCAACAGUUUGAGUUCGAUCCGGACAACGUGCCCAGUACCGGAUUUAACUUUUAGCACGCUACCGGACAGGAUAUCGUUUACACUAUUCAAAUACGAAUCCCUCUCAAGUCCUGAACACAGCAGCAUAUACAACAGGAAGCGAAGCCCUGCCGCCGGGAUUUAAAUGAAGGCGGCCAGAGCACGGACAUGAAACACAGGCCGCAGGAGAAGGCGUCUGCCUUGCCCAAGUGCAGUCACUACUAGCAUUUAAGGAAAGUUGGUCGUUCGGUCGGCUUGUAUCUUUGUUACACACACUCACCUGCUUAUUGUAUCUGCGUUUAAUUUUAUAAUUUUCGAAGUGGUCCAGGACCAGGCAUGACCUUACUCAAAGCUUUCUCCAGCUGGCGAGAUUGCUUCCAUCUAGUUCGUAUGUACUAAUUUAAUAUGUUAUACAGAACCCAUUGUAUAUGUUUUUGCUUUCCUCAAAUUGAGUCUGUACAUAUUUUCCAUUAAGCCCGAGUACGAUGAAAUCCUCACAUGGUGUUGUUAUACAUUCUGACAAAACAAACUAUCUUUACGAUAAUGAUAACGAUUAAUUAAAACGUUCUUAUUUGAUUUUGUUAUGCGAUUCGCCGAAUGUAAAUUUGUUUAAAUUAUAAAGCAUUGUAAUUUAAUUUAGAGGACAUCAAUAAAGAACAAUUAGACCACAGCUAUGCA